AUGAUUAUAUCUGAGCUGCUACUGCUACUGUUAUUACUAGUGUCAUCUGCGAGCGCCAACUGUAACAUAUGCUCAUUCCAGCACGAUUAUUACAACGAUUCUCCUGAAGAGAGAUCGGAAGACAGGGUGGGAAUUGUUGAAACAACUCGAGUGGAGGAAUGCUGUGAGGGAUACGAAACACGAGAUAUAUUUAAGCAUGGAUGUCCAAUAGAGUCACCGGUCCGAACAAUGCAUGAAGUACUUGAGCGUGUGAACUCUUCUUUGUGGCAGCUUGCUAAGAACGGUGGUGUUGAAGAUGAACUCGGAAGAAACAACAUCACGGUUUUUGCCAGCUCUGGAAACGAUAGCCCGCCAGAUGACGCCAGAUCAUACGUGAUCAACCGAAUUGUGCCAGGAAUACAUCGAGCCUAUGACUGGACAGACGGGACAGUGCUGAAGACGACUGGAGGUGGAGACCUCAUCAUUUCUCAGUCGCAAGACGUAUUCGGAUCCGUUAGGACCUUCGUGAAUUGCGUGCCACUGAACUCGUCCAGUGAUCGCGCUCAAAACGGCCUCGUGCACGUGGUCGACGGCGAUUUGAGGCCAGCUAAUGACACGCUGUUGUCUACCCUUGACAAAGAUCCCCGUUUCUCUUAUUUUUACAAAUUGCUCUCUGAUAGGCUGUCCAAAUUGUUAGCAGAGAACAAGAAUUUCACUGUCUUCGUUCCAUCCGAAAAAGUGUUUUCUUCAUUGUCGGACUCACUUCUCAAAGACAUCAAGGCCGGUCAAGGUUGUACAUCAAGUUUCGCUCCAAGUCACAUUGUGGAGGGUUCAAUCUGUUCGUCCGAGUUGUCGCAUCAUCGACUAAAAUCACUUGCUGGUAGUGAAAUCGACGUCAAAAAUGGUAAACGAGCGACUUAUGUUGGACGAGCACGACUCGUCGGCGGCGACGUAUAUACGAGAAACGGUGUCGUGCAUAUCAUCGACGACAUACUCGUCAACGACGAAUUUCUGUCGUGGAAGGAACACCUAGAGAUAUACAAUCCACAUCUCAGCGAUGCUCUGAGUGGUGUUGUGAAGGACACCGCUAAACUAAUCACGAUAUUCGUACCACCUGUCAGCAACAAAACAAUAUCACCUGAAAUUGCGAAGAAUCACAUCGUGUCUGGUGAUGUUCUGGAGGAUUUCCGACGUCCAUCGAGUAUUGAAACCGACGCGAAAUCCGAGAUGUUCACUGGAUAUUCACCUCGUACAUCACCAAUCUGGGUCCGAUUUUCCAUGGGGCGUUUUCAACGGCAGCUAGGUCAACUAGGAUGUACGAGAAUUAUUCGCGAUAGUGUUAGAGGAUGUCAGUCGAUUUUACACUUCAUUGAAAAGACAAGCUCCGUGAACGGUUCACUAACGUCCAAAGAGCCAAUUACCGUGUUCAUUCCGUCCGAUGAUGCGUUUUCAAACAACGAGUUCAAGAAACUUCUUGAUAAUUCGAAAUUAUCUGAUAUUUUUGUGAAGAGAUAUAUUGUGAGCGAGCCAUUAUGCGAAUCCGACAUUCAUCCUCAUCCUGCUGAGAUUCGAAUCCAGCCUCAUGCAAAUUUGAAUGGAGAGCCACUCAGACUUCGGAAGUUUGGUGACGAUACGUUCGUAGAUGGAGCCAAGAUCGAGAUUCAGGAAACUGGGAAAAGUGCCUAUGAUGCCACCGCCGAGAAGCUUGGCGAGGCACGAGACUAUAUUGGUGAUAAGCUGCACGGAGGUGCUGACGCUGUGAAGGGAAAGUAG